CAAGCACUUCCCUGCAAGCAAUCGCCAAGGAACGACCACCAGCUUCAAGCAAAAUGAAAUUCAGCGUGAUGGCACUUUUGAUUGUGGCGGCGGCGGCAACAGCGAUGCCAGACAGCGGAUAUCACAAGCCUCAGCCCACGUACAAAGCCCAACCAAUGCCGUAUGACUUCGCGUACGGAGUGAACGACCCGUACCAGGGCAUCGACUUUGGCCGCAGCGAGAAGAGCGACGGACAUCAGGUACAAGGCUCCUACUCCGUGCAGCUGCCCGACGGACGUAAACAAACUGUGAACUACCGAGCGGACCAUGGCUCGGGCUUUCACGCUGACGUGAUUUACGAAGGCAAGGCUCAGUAUCCUCCAAAGUCUGAUCAUCCGCCCUUCGUGGUCCAGCCCAGCAAAGGUGGAGGCUACCCAGCUCCCCAGCCGUCCUAUCACUGAUCACUGAACGCAUCGCUAUACCCUGACCAAAUACCGUAUCACAAUCAUAGGCGGGCGAGAAUGUGAACUUGUUAAAUCUGUUGCAUUUAUAAUAAAAAAUAAAGCAAAACUCAAACCAA